AUGAUCAUAAAUUGUCCAUUGAAAGUUGAUAAAUUGUGUUAUACAGUCACAUUUCUACUUGUUGUCAUCAACAUUAUCAAACCAAUUAUCAGUGAACAAGGUGUUAACUGGGAUAUAACCUACUUAUUAAAUCGUCGUUAUGAUAUAGCACGUGCAGAUGAAGACUUUCCAAUUAAAAUUCAGCCACCUCCAGGAGAUUUAUUAUACAGUGUACCAGCAUUACGCUUAUUUCCACAAUCGAAGUUACCAGAUGAGACCUUCUUUAUUCAUUUAAUAUUUAAACCGAAUAAAACAGCUAUUCAACAUGGUCUAUAUUUAUUCAGUAUACGUGAUCCAGAUAAUGUUUUAAGGCUCAGCUUGAAAAUUGUUGAGUAUACUACAUAUCAAAUCAUCUUCACAUACAAUCCAUUAUCAUUUGAUGGUAAUCCAAAAGAAGUGGAAUUCUCUAUACCAUGGACUGAUGACUAUUGGCAUUUAGGAAUAUUAAUUAAACCAGAUAAGAUUGAUUUCUAUACAUCAUGUGAAGAGACUGAAAGAGUCGCCUAUCAUUUCUAUCCUAUUCAAGGUUUACUAGGAGAACCGUUGUUUCGUAAGGGGGCAACAUUUUAUGCACUCAACAGUGGUUUAUCAAAUGCAUCAGAAUAUUUUGAGGGAUUUCUGAAAGCGUUCAGUUUCCACUCAGAUGAAAAUGCUAUUCGUUAUAUGUGUACUAAGUCAGAGAAUUAUGAAGGCAGCGUUCGGAAUGUACUAAUUACUAGUUCAGUACAGGACGAUGAAGAUGAAUAUACAAACAAAGAUGACAAUCAGAGAACUACAGAUGACACUGGAAAAUAUAACAUACAAACUAAAUAUCCAACCACUAUAGAAAAUAAAUUGAAAGAGAAAGAAACCAAAAACAUCUCAGUAUAUAAGUAUAGAUACAUCAUGAAAGAACCAAGAACAGAUGGACUAAUUGAUAUAGUAGAUUUAGCGGAAAAUCUUAUCAUAACAGGGGCAGUAAAAAUAACCAAUGAACUAGCCAUCAUACCGAAUGGAACAGUAAUUGCGACAAAACCAGAAAUUAAAAAUCAACGUUAUAUCAUAGCCGAAAAUAUAACACAAACCGGAAAAAAAGAAAUAUUCGACACCUAUACGGGUAGCCGAAUACAAAUGCCUAUGUAG